AUGAAUCUCAAUGAGAAAAGAGACAAUGGUCAUAAAGAAAAAAAACCUGUUAGCACAGUCCAUGCUGGAUUAAAAUCUCGUAAUGCUAUUUUAUGUGCAUCUGAUAAUGCAAGUUUAUAUCCAUGUAUUUCAAGUAAGACAAGUGAUACAGCUUCAUGUGAUUAUCCAUUUUUACUUAUUAAUCAUGUACAUAAUAUUUAUCUUGAAGGUGAAGGUCAUAUUGAUGCUGGUGCACAAAGUUCAUCAUUUAUGUAUAAUAUAACUAUUGAAAAUAUGGAUUUACAUAGUAAUUCAGCUGCUAUUAAUGUAAAUGAUUUUGAAGCAAAUUCUACUGGUGAUAUGUAUAAUAUGAUAUUUCGUAAUAUAUGUGUAAUAGAUACAAAUCAUAGUUUAUGUGUAGCACCACGUUGGGGAACAGGUAUAGUAUCAAAUCUUUUAUUUGAAUAA